AUGGCAGCUCCACUAGAUCGCACAUCCCCAACAACAGCCGCCUACGUGAUUGCCACGGCCAUUGUCGCCGGCGUCACAGGAUACUUCAUCGGCCAAGGUGCCUCGCUCGGCCUUUUCAGAGAGAAACAGGGCUGGCCCAACGGCUACGACGUGAAGGUCCACAAGGACUCCUCCUCCGAAGAACAUGACGGAGAAGAAUCCGAGGAUGACGAGAGUAACGACGAGGACGAGGGCAAUGGCGAAGAACUCGCUGCUUUCAAGGAUAAUGAGGAGGAGGUGAAGCUUGUGCUGGUCGUGCGUACGGACCUGGGUAUGACCAAGGGUAAAAUCGCCGCCCAAGCCUCCCACGCUACCCUCGCCUGCUACAAAUAUUUCAUCACUCACCAACCGGAGUCGCCCAUCUUGCGCCGCUGGGAGCAAGGCGGCCAGGCCAAGAUCGCGCUGCAGAUUAAGUCAGAGGAUGAGCUGCUGCUGCUCCAGGCGCAGGCGAUGAGCCUUGGGCUUUGCGCGCGCGUUAUUCAGGAUGCUGGGCGCACGCAGAUUGCUAGUGGUAGUCGCACUGUGCUGGGUGUUUUGGGACCUAAGAGUGUUGUUGAUGGGGUGACGGGACACUUGAAAUUGUUGUAG